CGUUCUCGUAUUUAGAUUUUUCCCCUCAAGCGUGGAGGCUUCUUUUUUUGGCGGGUACACGCUCUCGUGAUAUAAAAGCCCCCCUAAAGCUACCCCUGAGAUGUCAGUCUCCCCAGUGAAGCGGCAGAGGAUGGAGUCGGCUUUAGAGCAGCUAAAGCAAUAUACGGUAGUUGUUGCUGAUACAGGUGAUUUCAACGCUAUUGAAGAGUACAAACCUCAGGAUGCAACAACAAACCCUUCCUUGAUCCUGGCAGCUGCCCGUAUGCCAGAAUACCAACAUCUUUUGAAAGAAGCAAUUCAGUAUGGCAAAGGUCUAGGCGGGACUGAAGAUGAGCAGGUCACAAAUGUCAUGGAAAAACUGUUUGUGAAUUUUGGGCUGGAAAUUCUGAAAAAGAUCCCAGGCAGAGUCUCCACGGAAGUUGAUGCUAGGCUCUCUUUUGACAAGGACGAAAUGAUCCUAAGAGCUUGCCGGCUAAUUCAACUUUACAAAGAUGCAGGAAUUGACAAGGAGCGAAUUCUGAUCAAGCUGUCAUCCACUUGGGAGGGCAUUCAGGCUGGCAAGGAGCUGGAGGAGAAACAUGGAAUCCACUGUAACAUGACACUACUCUUCUCAUUUGCCCAAGCAGUGGCCUGUGCUGAUGCUCAUGUUACACUCAUCUCUCCCUUUGUGGGCCGCAUCCUGGACUGGUAUAAAGAGAAUACUGAAAAAAAAUCAUUUGAACCCUCUGAAGAUCCAGGCGUUCAGAGUGUGACAAAAAUAUACAAUUAUUACAAGAAGUUUGACUACAAGACUGUGGUAAUGGGUGCCUCUUUCCGCAACAGUGGUGAAAUCAAAGCAUUGGCUGGAUGUGAUUAUCUCACAAUUUCCCCAGCUCUGCUGUCUGAGCUGAGUAAGGACUCCAGCAAGAUCAAACCCACCUUGAGUGUAAAAGAGGCCAAGGCCAGUGAUCUGCAGAAGGUACAGUUAGAUGAAAAGAAGUUCCGCUGGCUACAUAAUGAGGAUCGUAUGGCUGUGGAAAAGCUUUCUGAUGGUAUCCGGAAAUUUGCUGCGGAUGCCAUAAAGCUAGAGUCCAUGAUUAAGGAAAAGAUGUUCAGCGCCAACAAUGGAAAUUAAGUGAGGAUGGAUGCUCCCUAACCAUCUCAUUGCAUCAGAUGAAACUAAUGGACCAAAUCAAAUACAUCUGCAGGAUCCAUUUCUCUUAUAGCUGUGUGCUAUUCAGAAUUACUGUGGAAUUUUCCUUUUGUGUGCACUCUUACUUCAGUAUCUGAAACUAGUGACAAGCACUUUAACUCAAGUUGUAUUUGGACCAGUACUAAAUCAAUAAACCAAUGUUUUUCAUUUUAAGUCUAA